AGUUAGAAGAUGGAAUUAUUUUGCUUUUAGAAAGACACAGAGAAACCAGCCUUCUGGCAGUACCUCCGUAAGCAGGAGAGCUGAUCUUAACAUUUGCAAGAGGACAUAAGUUAAAGGAGCUUCAUACUACAACUCUCUCUGCCUAGCUAACAGGAUAGUGGCCAACAGACAAACUUGUCAAAGAAUUUCUUCAAUUUGUACAUCCACCCUCCCAGACUGACUCCAUGCACUCACCCGGGGCACAAGCCCUCUUCACAACACUGGGAAAGACAAAAGAUUUCAUAAAACAAAGUCGAGAGAAGUUGGAACAGACCAUCAAGGCCUCCAGUUCCAGGCUGUGCUCCUAUGCUGAAAGAGUAGCUGUUUUAAUGGACCAUUCCAGAAGCCCAGAGCACAAUAGCCAGCCAUCACCAAGUGACAAUAUCAACCUUGGACCAUCUGCUAAUCCCAAUGCCAAGCCAACUGAUUUUGACUUCCUAAAAAUAAUUGGCAAAGGAAGCUUUGGGAAAGUCCUUUUGGCCAAACACAAGUCUGAUGGAAGAUUCUAUGCUAUAAAAGUUUUGCAGAAAAAGUCCAUCCUUAAGAAAAAAGAGCAAAACCACAUAAUGGCAGAACGCAAUGUGCUCCUGAAGAAUGUGAAACAUCCUUUCCUCGUGGGGCUCCACUAUUCUUUCCAGACCAAGGAGAAACUCUACUUUGUACUGGAUUAUGUAAAUGGAGGAGAGUUAUUCUUCCACCUACAAAGGGAGCGCUGUUUUCGUGAACCUCGUGCUCGCUUCUAUGCAGCAGAGAUGGCCAGUGCGGUGGGCUACCUUCACUCACUGAAUAUCAUAUACAGGGACUUGAAACCUGAAAAUAUUCUUUUGGAUUGUCAGGGUCACAUUGUUCUGACAGAUUUUGGGCUUUGCAAAGAAGGAAUGGAGCCAGAAGAAACAACAUCUACUUUUUGUGGCACACCAGAAUACUUGGCUCCAGAAGUACUUAAAAAGCAGCCUUAUGACCGAACUGUUGACUGGUGGUGCCUUGGAGCUGUGCUUUAUGAAAUGCUAUUUGGCUUGCCUCCAUUUUACAGCCGAGACAUGUCACAGAUGUAUGAGAAUAUUCUGCACAAACCACUUCAGAUUCAAGGAACCAAGACCAUAGCAGCUUGUGAUAUCCUACAAGGACUCCUUCAUAAAGACCAGAAGAAGAGGCUUGGAACCAAGACCGAUUUUCUUGAAAUAAAGAACCAUAUGUUCUUCGCUCCAAUAAACUGGGAUGAUUUAUAUAAUAAGAAGAUCACUCCUCCAUUUGAUCCUAAUGUGGCUGGGCCAGCUGAUCUACGACAUUUUGACCCAGAAUUCACUCAGGAAACUGUUCCCAGUUCCCUCAUCCAAACUCAUGAUCUAGCUACCAGCAGUUCCAGUGCAACAGAUGCUUUCCUGGGUUUUUCAUAUGCACCAAAUGAUGAAGAUUAAAGCAUCUCAUGUAAAUAUGACUUGUAAAAUCUAGGUUUAGCUUAUUAUUUAAAUAAGAGGAAGACAUCACAUACCUAUCUAAUCUUCUAACUGGAAAAGAAGCAAACUUUGCAACUUUGACAUACAGAGACUUACAAUGUGAAUGUUCCUCUUCCUGAGCAUUGCCAAUCACGGUAGUUAAAAUAAUUUUAUUUGUAGAGGCAUGAGCACAUUUAUUGAUACAGCCUUUCACCAAAUGGAUAAAGUCCUAAGAGAACGCAAGAUGCUUAGGAGAGAUUUAUUGUAUUCUAAAUAACUAAUUAUUUUGUAUUCAUUUGUUUUAAGUUUGGGGCACUACCAAUUCAAACUAGUUGAAUCCAUUUUCUUGCAAUAUUAUUCUAGAUUUUAUGGCUCUUGAAUUUUUGAUUGCAAUUUGCUUUUCAUUGUGUAUGUUCUUGAAGAACUCUUUUGAGUUAGUCAGAAAAGCUGUAACUACCUCUCCUUGACCCCAGUCCUCAUAGCUAGUCCUACUGGUAUGAAAUUGGCAUGGCAUUGAAUUCAUUUUUCUCAAAUCAGUUGACACCUCCAGGCUUUUUGUCAGGUUUUAGGUAUUUCUUUUUAGUUUUGAAUGCACUGCAACAAAAUGAAAUUGGUGGAAACAGCAAGCCAUCCAUCAUACAGUCUACUGGAUUCCAAGUAUUGUUGCUUUAACCUGGAAAUAUUCUAGUGAUCUCUGUUUAUAUAGUUUUAAAUAAUCUUGCUUAUUUGUUCCUGUUUAUUGAAAGUUAAACUCUUAUAAUAACUACCUCUUAACAGCACAGAUCGAAAAGAAACAAAUGGAUUUAUUUUAAGAAUCGAUAAAGAAAAAUAAACUGCCUGAACAAAUCUGUUAAGCCCAAAAUGGUAUUGAUGAAAAGAUAAAAAAUAAAGUCUCUAUGUGAUAUUUUAUGGACACAAUAUAUAAUUUUUUGGCAACAUGUGAAUUGUUUCAAACACAGGCAAAGUUGACCAGGUGAUUUUUAUGAAUAAAAAAGGGAAUGUUACAAUUUCCAUCCAAUGCUCUUAUGCCAAUAUAGUAUGUAGUCUCAUUUUUUAAAGAUUUAGAACAAAUAAUCUAUGUCAUGUUGUUUUCAGCCACUCUGUACCACAUUAAAUAAUUUUGAGUUAUGCAUUCUUCUUUCAUCUUUUAGAAAAUGAAUAGCAAUUCACACAUUAUAUAACUACUUGCAUAGCCAAGAUCUUUAAGAAAAUAACAAGCUCAUUCUAAAAACAAUUUCUUACUAUCAGCAAAAAGCAAAAACACAGACUUCUGAUAAACUCUAUAAAGAGAUCCAGAGUUGGCUAAAAUGAACCACUAGUAAGUAUAAGAACAAAACUAUCAAAGCAAAGAUUUUCUGGAAAAGAUCUAAUUUUUUUGUUGCUAAUUUUAUGAAAUGGCAAAUUCAGUUACAAGCAAUAUGAAUUACAAAAUUUUUUGGUAGCUCUGUACUUGCUUAACAUUUUUUAACAUCCUGUGUUUAGAUUUAGCUUACAUUAGAUUUUCCAAAACCUUAGUACUGAAGUGUUUGGAAAGUAGCUAAUAGUUUUAUAGACAGACAAAUAUAUUACAAUAUAGGAAUUAUUGACUUACAACAAUUCAUUUAGUGAUCAUUUGAAGUUACAGCAGCACUUCUGACCAGC